AUGAUCCCCGGCCGCAGCCCAGCAUCAGACACUCGUCACGCGCGCCACAGCAUCCGCCCGAGACUAGAUCUCCUCCGCGCCGCCCACGGGCCUCCAAGCCGCGCCGAAAGCGCUGCCCGGGCCCUCUCCACGCCCGCGACGUGCACCCUAGCAGAUCGAAGGCGGCUCCAUCCCACACAGCCUCGUGACGCCAGGACGACGCCAACGCCACCGGAGGCCUCCUUGCCACUUCAGACCUGCGCCGACCAGCGCGACAGCCAAAUCGCCGCCCGCAUCUCGCCCCCACCGCCCGGCCACGCCCGAGCCGCAGCUCCACGCGCGCUCGCGCCCGCCGAACGCCCGCGCCACCCCAGGCCUCGGCGAGCCCAACGCUGCGCCGCCGGAUCCGGGCCAGCCGGAUCCGCGCCAGCCGGCGCCGAAGCCGCCCCCGCCGGCGCCGAAGCCGCCCCCGCGCGCCCGUCAGAGCCCGACGAGCCCGCGCGCCAGAUCCGCCCUAGCGCCGUCCUGGGAGAUGCCCCGCCGCCACCCUCCCUGGAGCCUGACCGGGCUUCGCCGGCGGGCUCCUCAGGCAUCGGCGAGCCGUCUCCCAACCUCCCCAAGCUUGUGAUCGGGACACCGUGA